AUGCGUCGGCAGAUGCUGCGCAGUAUCGUCACAUCUGGGCGAUCAGUGACACCUUCCGGAUGUCGCUGUGCGCAGAUAACCCUGUCCAAGGGCACACGAGCUCCGCAACCGAGGCCGGCCCGUGAUCUCUCGUCUACAUCUGCUUCGAAGGCCACCACAUUGCCCGUAACUGGUGCCGGUCCCCCACCCGCUGUCCCAGAACCAAAAUCUCCCGCGGGCUCAGACCGGCUUGCUGCACACAGACGAAAGACCGCCCUUCUCGAGACCGCAAAAGAGAUUCGACAGCAGCAAGAAUCCCCGAGCAAGUCGUCGCCACUCAAACGGCGCUUCUGGAAACAUGUUCAUGUACAAGAGACCCCUGAGGGCUACCAAAUCUUUCUAGACAAGAGGCCUGUCCGGAGCCCGACCAAAAACAUCAUCACGAUCCCGUUAUCCAAGCCAACUCUUGCGCACUCCAUCGCUAUUGAGUGGGACAUGCUCAAUUCGGCGCAGGAAGCGCUGAAGAACCACAAGAUUCCCAUGACAUCUAUAGUGUCACGAGCACACGAUGUACUAGAUGCAGACGCGGCGUCAGGUCCGGACAAUGAUAUCAGACAAAGCAUUGUGAAGACCAUGAUGCGUUACCUGGACACAGACACACUAUUGUGCUGGGCACCAGAGAGAUCUUCCAUCGAGGCAGCAUAUGGCUCCAGACCUACCGCUUCAUCCGAGGACGAUUCACCGAAGAAGUCGCUGCGUGACCUACAGAUGGAAACUGCGAAGCCAAUUAUUUCUUUCUUGACCGGCACGAUAUGGCCUGGCGUCUCCAUCGUACCGACACUCGAUCCUGAUAGCAUCAUCCCGACCACGCAGUCUGAGAUGACGCAGUCAGUCAUCUCCGGAUGGUUAUCUGGCCUGCCAGCCUACGAGCUUGCCGCACUGGAACGCGCCGCUCUAGCCACCAAGAGCCUGCUCGUUGCGGCUCGGUUGGUGGUUGAAUGGAGCGAGGAGUUUCGACAUCUGCAGGCAGCGCACGAGAGCCAGACAAUAGAGACCAUUUCGACGGCUGCGGGCGGUAAGACGUCGGUUGACACGUCUACGCCAGACGAGCCCCGCUUUGGGAUCGAGUCGGCGGCUCGCGCGGCCAGCUUGGAGGUCAAUUGGCAGACCGGCAUGUGGGGAGAGGUCGAAGAUACCCACGAUGUCGAGAAAGAGGACGUCAGAAGGCAGCUCGGCAGUGCUGUCCUCAUGGUGAGCGGAAGUGGCACUGGAUCGACUAAGAACUAG